AUGGCCACAGCGAAGGCCAUGGUUGGACAGAUUCCGGGCUUAUUGUCUGUUGACGCGGGCAAGGCAAUGGAGAUUACCAGGUCAUUUAAUCAGGGAUAUGAAUGGGGACUCAUCCUGACGUUCGAGAGUCCGGAUGUCAUGCCUCCGUACCUUGAGCAUCCGGCUCACAAACCGUUUGUGAUCUCCGGAUUUCUGAUCCUGCAAUGUGAAAUAUGA